GAGUCCUGUUCGAGUUAAAGGACGCGGGGUUCGCGCGUAACAGGUUUGCGCUGUACGUUUAAAUAACCCCGGGGUUGAAAGCGUGCGCGGGCGGAACUAGCUUUCCCGGCGGAGGAGCACAGAAUCCUCUCACCGGUGCGCACAGUUCAUCCGCUGAGCUCGAUCCAGACGGAGUGCGCUUAAACUGGAGGGUUUAACUCCGGGAUGCGUCGGCGCCGCGUCUCAUAAACAACAACACGUCGACUUUAACGAAGCAACGCGUUGACCUCCACCGAAACUGGACCGGUUUUUUUUUCUUUUUCAAGAGAAGUUGUUCCCGUGUUUUUAGUCCUUUAAAAAAAAAAAAAAAAAAAAAAAUCAACCGCGCGGACUUCUCUCUCUCUCGACGCUGGAAGGACUCAAUCCAGAAAGCUCAAGAUGUCAAUUCUCCCCUUCACUCCCCCCAUCGUCAAACGACUGCUGGGCUGGAAGAAGGGCGAGCAGAACGGCCAGGAGGAGAAAUGGUGCGAGAAGGCGGUGAAGAGUCUGGUGAAGAAGCUGAAGAAGACGGGACAGCUGGACGAGCUGGAGAAAGCCAUCACCACCCAGAACGUCAACACCAAGUGCAUCACCAUCCCCAGGUCCCUGGACGGCCGUCUGCAAGUGUCCCACAGAAAAGGUUUGCCCCACGUCAUCUACUGCCGCCUGUGGCGCUGGCCCGACCUGCAGUCCCACCACGAGCUGCGGGCGGUGGAGCUGUGCGAGUACGCCUUCCACACCAAGAAGGAUGAGGUGUGCGUCAACCCGUACCACUACCAGAGGGUGGAGACGCCAGUACUCCCACCAGUGCUGGUGCCCAGACACACAGAAAUCCCCAGUGAGUUCCCUCCUCUGGACGACUACAGCCAUUCAAUCCCAGAAAACACCAACUUCCCUGCUGGCAUCGAGCCCCAGAGCAACUACAUACCAGAAACGCCCCCCCCCGGCUACCUCAGUGAGGAUGGAGAGACCAGCGAUCACCAGAUGACCCACAGCAUGGACACAAGCUCCCCCAACCUGUCACCUAACUCCGUUUCACCCUCACACAGCAACUUAGACCUUCAGCCGGUGACGUACUGCGAGCCGGCCUUCUGGUGCUCCAUUUCCUACUACGAGUUGAACCAGCGAGUAGGAGAGACCUUCCACGCCUCGCAGCCCUCGCUGACGGUUGACGGCUUCACGGACCCCUCCAACUCUGAGCGCUUCUGCCUGGGCCUGCUGUCCAACGUCAACCGCAACGCCGCCGUGGAGCUAACGCGCCGACACAUCGGCCGCGGCGUGCGGCUGUACUACAUCGGAGGAGAAGUGUUCGCCGAGUGCCUCAGCGACAGCGCCAUCUUUGUCCAGAGCCCCAACUGUAACCAGCGCUACGGCUGGCACCCGGCCACCGUCUGCAAGAUCCCCCCAGGAUGCAACCUGAAGAUCUUCAAUAACCAGGAGUUUGCCGCCCUGCUGGCCCAGUCUGUCAACCAGGGGUUUGAGGCCGUGUACCAGCUCACCCGCAUGUGCACCAUCCGAAUGAGCUUCGUCAAGGGCUGGGGGGCCGAGUACAGGCGACAGACGGUGACCAGCACCCCCUGCUGGAUCGAGCUGCACCUCAACGGCCCCCUGCAGUGGCUCGACAAGGUGCUCACACAAAUGGGCUCCCCCAGCAUCCGCUGCUCCAGCGUCUCUUAGGGGGCGCCGGGGGGGGGGGUGUGGGGGAGGACCCUUCACCCGCCCGCCAACUUCUAAACACACACAGACUGCAUGCAGGCACAGCUACACAGGACCGGACCACCCCCCCCCCCCACCCCCCUUCGUUCAGCCGAUUCUCAAUCUGUAACUUGGUCCUUCCUCCCCACCAGCUGUCAGUAGCACUUUUUAUAUACAUGUUGUUUGUGGCGAAAGGGGACAUUAAAGUGCAUUAAAGCAGUACCAUGUAAGUAUCAUCUCAACAUUUUGUCCAGAAUUAUUAUAAGAGCAAUGGGAGCAUUUUUUUUUUUUUUUUUUAAAUAUACAUUUUUUUCUCUUGUUUAAAUUGUUUUUUUUUGUACAGAUAUUUUGAGAUAUUCAACUUUAAGCAUUAAUAAUUCUUUUUAAAGCAACAUGUAACAUACUUUUAAAAUACUUUGUUUCUGUGUUGGGGCAUUUGAUCGGUUAUGAAGAUAUUAACAGAUGUGACCCCGUGAAACCUAUUGGAAAUGAAUAUUAUAAUGAGAAUGUUGGCACUGUGUGAAGGAACAUACUGUACGUCCAGUACGCGCAUUUGGUUUUUCAUUCUGUCCCGUGCAGCCCGACGUUGCCCCUGACCGGGCAAAUGGCUCAAAAAUAGCUUUUGAGACGGCAACAAAUGAUAAAGCAAGAAAUCGGUCACAACUCUUAAAACCCACACUGAGUACUUAAAGACAUCGGCAUUUAUCCAACGUCAUCGGGAGGAUGAUGCACUUUUAAAAAGUGUUUUUUUUUUUAAUAUCCUAGGCAAGCAGUGUCGGUACAUUCAAUGGCAGUUUUUAAUUCACAGCUGCAAUAUUUCUUGUCUAAAGGUUAUAUGAAAUAUAUCCUGCAUUGAUUUCAGGAAGCUUUUCCCAUUUGCAAAAUACUUUUGCAGCAUUGUAUUGUUAUGACUUUGAAAACAUCUCACACACACGGAGCUGAGCACACCAAACAUAGUUGAAUAUGUGCGUUUGUGUGUGUGUGUGUGUGUGUGAGGGAUACUGUGAGAGCAGGAAGAUGCCUUUUUUGCUUUUUUAAUUUUCUCUCUCAGCAGUCCAUAACAUUGGUCUUGUUCUCAGCCAUCGGUGAUAUUGACUCUUUCCGGCGUGGAAACCCGCUGAAUUACGUACAGGAGCCAGCGGAACGAAACCAGGCUCUCGAGGCUCUAAAGUCGAUUUUUUUGCUACCAAUUAUUUUUGUGAGGCGCUGACGUGUCUUUGGACGAUGUUGAGGAUGUACUUUUUUAUUUUUUUACAGAGUGAGCGCUUUCUCCCCAUCUGUGUACGUCUCACAAUGCCACCGUCGACCUUUUGUAAUGUUGGUGUUUUUUUUUUGUUUUUUUUUUGAAACACCAAAAAAAGAAGACGUCUUAGACGUGGAUUCGAAGCUUCUUCUCAGCUUUGAUCCUGUUUCCUCUGGGCCGCCCGCUGUGGUGGAAGUGGAUCGGUUUCCUCUCCGACUCUCUUUAACAGCCGACAAAGACACGGCGGGGGGGAUUUUUUCCCUGAAUCCUUUCACAUGAAUCCUGCUUUUGAUGUUAAACGCCAGCCGAGUGGUGCCGAUCUUUGACGUUUUAGGGACUCGAGAGGAACCGCAAAGCCAUAAGAUUUGACCCUUUUGUAUGAUUUGUGAAUCUCUUAUUGUGUAAUUGUGACUUUUUAAACUGAAAUGUGGGAUUGUUUCAGAGACAGUAGCAUCUACCGAUCUGAGACAUGACUUCUGGUGUCUUUGAACGCAGCAGUCGAUGUGAUUCCCCAGUAGGGAAUAUUUCGCUAUUAAAUUCGCCAUUUUUAUACACUCUUCAAGUUACACUGCUUGUGCUUAUAUCCUCCUCGUUUAAACUGUUAUCGUUGUUUGUUGUGAUUUAUGUAUUUGUGCUCUGAAUGCGUGUUUUUAGAUGUCUUGUAUAAAAGUAUACCUUUCUAUUCUGUUAUUUUUCUCUGCAUAUAAAAAAAAAAGUUGAUGUGA